CCUGGCCCGGUCGGGCGGCCCAGGGUGGCACCUUCCUAUUUCUCCCCGGCCACAGCCUUCCCCUCACAGUUGAGCACCUGUUUGCCUGAAGUUAAUUUCCAGAAGCAGGAGUCCCCAGAGCUGGGCCAGGGGGAUGAACCGCGAGGGAGCUCCCGCGAAGAGUCCGGAGGAGAUGUACAUUCAGCAGAAGGUCCGAGUGCUGCUCAUGCUGCGGAAAAUGGGAUCAAAUCUGACGGCCAGCGAGGAGGAGUUCCUGCGCACCUAUGCGGGGGUGGUCAGCAGCCAGCUCAGCCAGCUGCCACAGCACUCUAUCGACCAGGGUGCAGAGGACGUGGUGAUGGCAUUUUCCAGGUCGGAGACGGAGGACCGGAGGCAGUAACUGCAAACCCCUUGGAACACCCUGGAAGCUGUCAAGGGCCAAGAGAUCUGUGUGGCUCCUCGGCCAGCUGAGUGGCAGCAGACCACCCUGCCCUGCUGCCCCUUUCUCCCCCUUCGACCCAGCCUCGCCCCACCCACAGCCACUCAGCAGGGCUGGCAUAAGGGAGACACCACAGGUGCGUUUACGAUUGGCUUAAAGGGAUGGACUCA